AUCAGAACUGGUGGUGGGUAAUAAAAAACGCUCCAAGAGGUUGUCUUUUUUUCUGCCGUGGUAGAGUAGACUGACCAUUUGAGAGAACAUAAAAAGUUCAAAUAUCAAAACCUAAUUAUUUACUCCUGAGGUUUUGUUUCACGCAUCCUGCCAUGAAUGGCUGAAAUUCUGUUUAAGAACACCUAAUGCCACCAACUGUUAAUACGUUUAGAGUGAAAUUGAAUCUUCGCAUUACCACAAAUCAUUCAUAUGGAUUGGCUCGGGAAGUUAUCAUCUAUAAAGGGUCAGUUAACAAACGUCACUAAGGAUCUUCUGGCUGAAGGAACGUAUGAAAUUAAUGAUACUGAGAGUGAAUUAUCACUUGCACGCAAACGUAUAUGUGAACUUGAAUCAGUUGUUGAAACUCAGAAGACCGAAAUAAACUCUCUUAGGUGUAGGAAUGAGGAGCUCCUAGUACAGUUAGAGUCAUCACAGCUGAGACUUGAUCACGCAAAAGAACUAUGUACUCAGCAGUUACGGGAAAAAGAUAUUUUAAUCUCCAAGCUACAAGCCGAAGUUUCUAAUGAGCGUGGGGAACCUGAAGGACAACAAGAAGCCUCACUUUUUGUUUCCGUCAGUCUUACUGACAAUAGUACAAAAUCUGGACAUCGACAAUAUCCUGAUCUUGCAAGUGAAGAUCACCAAGUCCCAUCAUCUGUGUCACAUUCAGAUGGUACAGUCACUUGGGAAGAGUUGAAAAAUGAGGUUAUCCAACUUCGUGCGGAAUUAACUAAGUGGAAAAAAGUCGCCAAGAAGAAAGAGAAAUCUUCGGAUAAUACUUCAUCGUAUCAAUUGUUGAAUAUAGAUUUAGAAAAACAAAUUGAUCAAUUAAAACGACAAUACAAUGAUUUGCAAGAAACACACAGAAAUGAAAUAGCUGCUGUACAAGAGAGUCAUUCAGAUCACUUAUCUAAUCUUGUGGAACAGUUAAAAGAAACUGAAGCAGAAGUGAUUAAACUUCAGAAACAGGUGGAUGAUUAUCAAAGCUGCUCAGCUUGCGUUGUUAAGCCUAGUCAAACAGAUAUUGAAAAUAAUGCUUCUGGACAUGCCUUGAAAGCAGAUAAAUCAAUCUCUACUGAGAUCGUUGAUCUAACACUAGUUGUCCCAAGUCAAGAAAAUGAUAAUAAAGCACGUUCUAGUAAAAAGAAGAAAAAGAAGUCGAAUGUUCAAAUAAACAAAGCUGAAAAACCUAAAUCCAUUUCAUGUGAAAUGCCAUAUCAGACUGAUCAUAAGCAUAUGAAGAAUUCUUCCGUUGUAUCUGCUGACCAAAUUGAAACAAAAGAUGGUUUUAUUGAAAAUAAACCUUACCAGUCAAGCUGCUCCACUUCUGUUCAAACAGAAUCUCUAGUUCAGUCAUUAAAUAAAGAAUUACAAACUGAUUCACCAUAUGAAAAACCAACAACACCAGUUCUGACUGAUUCAGUUGGAAUUCAAUUUUCUUCAACAAAUUUGGAAAAUUCUUAUGAUUUAGGAGAAUUUGACGAUGCUUCUUGUAACAAUUAUCAAUUAAUAUGUUCAACCGAAACAAAACAAACACAAUUUUCAUCACAUGAAGAUUUUAAUAAAUCUAACGAAAUAAACGAACUAGCUGAUCAGCUUAUAAAAGAAAUAAAUGCUUAUAAUCGAGCAAUAUUCAACAUGUUAAAUCUUAAUGGAAUCGAAUCAUCGCAAACAAUGUCAAUUUUAUCUCAAUCAAAUCAUGAAACUAAUGAAAAUGCAUUUGAAAAGUUAAAAAUUUUGAAAAGUAACAUUCAGUCUCACCGUAAAUGUAUCACAAAAAACGUUGUUCAUAAGUCGGUGAACAUGAACUUAUCUGUACCAGUUUCACAUGUUCAUCUGUCUGGUGAAUCGAACGAUUUCACAGAAGUCGAACCGGAUGGUUGGCAAGAUGAUGAUUUCCCUGAAUUGAAUUCCAAUGCUCCGGAACAAACAAAAUAUCAAAGUGAACUUUCUGCUGAUACUGUACCGGUCUGUAAUGAAGAACUUCAGGAUGAGCUCUCAUCUUCUCCUCAUACUUUGAAAGAGAAAAUCCAACAGCUAGAAGAAAUGCUUUCAAACAAUAGUAUCACCAAUGCGAAUCGUAUAGCUGAACUAGAAAGUCAAUUACAAUCAUUCAAUCGUUUGCAAAAAUCUUUAAACACAACUGUUUCAAAUUUGCUAUCACUUCCGCCACCUCCUACUUUGCCCAGUCAUUUACUCGGCCGACAAUCUUCUUGUACCUGGCCACCUACAAGUGUUGAAGAUCAGUUAGACCUAUUAACUGCUUCUGAGGUUUCUGCUCGUAAUGAGAUUAUUCGCUUAAAUGAUUCAAUUUCUCUGCUUGACGAAAAAUGUAAACGAUUAGAAUGCGAUAAUCAAAAGUUGUGUGAUCAGUUAACUAAGUUUGAAGAAAAUUUCACAUUUUCUAAUCGAACGAGAAACCUGCAGAUUUCAGAGGAUUUUGUUGAACUAAGCUCUCUAGCUUAUCAGCUCUGCAUCUCCCUUGAUCCUGAAAUAAGUGAAAAAGAAUGGAAUCCUGACGAUUGGGAGACUGAGUUAUUUACCCUACUUAAGGAUCGUCUAGAUUCAGAAGUAACUGAAGUUGAUGAACAAUCUGAAGAUGUUGUUAAGCUGUCCGCAGAAGUUGCAGCACUCCGUGAUAUUCUGGCACAACACGUGGCAUUCAAAACACAAGCAGAACAAGAUUUAAAACAACUACUUUUCACAAUUCAAAAUCAACAUGACAUGAUUAAUAAGCUGACAAUAGCGAAACAACAGUUGGAAAGUGUUUUGUCAGAUACGGAGUCGAAAUCGACACCCAUUACUACUACUGCUGCCACUGUUACUGAUCUUACUACUGCAGACGCCUUCACCUCUACUGAACCAACCUUUACUACUACUACUACCACUGCUGUUAGUACUGGUACCUCUACAACAACUGAUGAUGUUGCUAAUGAUGACACGGAUCAUAAAUGUAAAGCAUCUUGUAUGGAUAUUGAAACACAAACCUCCCUAAUUAUUGAUAAUGCUACUGAUGAAGAGAAUAAAUCCGAAGAAAAUUACGAACAUUAUUGUAAAGAACUGAUCAAAUCUAUUUAUUCGAUACACAAUGAUCAUUUGGUUGAUUCAUCACAAAAUUCUCAAACACUUAUCACAUCACCUGAAUUAUUUGAAUUAACAAAUAUUUCCAAAGUUUUCUCUUUAUUAGAAAAGUUCAGUGUUAAAUUUAAUGAAUAUAAAAUAAAUUCAGAAAAUUUCCAAUCAAUGUACAGUACAGUAGUGAAUAGUUUACAACAAAAACAUAUGGAAAGUCAGUCGUAUCAUGAGAAAUUACAGCAUUGUUUAACUGAAUUGAAUGAAAUGAAAAAACGUCGAGAAGAAGCGGAAAUUUCAGCGAAUAGUUUACGACAACAAUUAAGUGUUCAACAAGAUCGUCUAGAUUCAGAAGUAACUGAAGUUGAUGAACAAUCUGAAGAUGUUGUUAAGCUGUCCGCAGAAGUUGCAGCACUCCGUGAUAUUCUGGCACAACACGUGGCAUUCAAAACACAAGCAGAACAAGAUUUAAAACAACUACUUUUCACAAUUCAAAAUCAACAUGACAUGAUUAAUAAGCUGACAAUAGCGAAACAACAGUUGGAAAGUGUUUUGUCAGAUACGGAGUCGAAAUCGACACCCAUUACUACUACUGCUGCCACUGUUACUGAUCUUACUACUGCAGACGCCUUCACCUCUACUGAACCAACCUUUACUACUACUACUACCACUGCUGUUAGUACUGGUACCUCUACAACAACUGAUGAUGUUGCUAAUGAUGACACGGAUCAUAAAUGUAAAGCAUCUUGUAUGGAUAUUGAAACACAAACCUCCCUAAUUAUUGAUAAUGCUACUGAUGAAGAGAAUAAAUCCGAAGAAAAUUACGAACAUUAUUGUAAAGAACUGAUCAAAUCUAUUUAUUCGAUACACAAUGAUCAUUUGGUUGAUUCAUCACAAAAUUCUCAAACACUUAUCACAUCACCUGAAUUAUUUGAAUUAACAAAUAUUUCCAAAGUUUUCUCUUUAUUAGAAAAGUUCAGUGUUAAAUUUAAUGAAUAUAAAAUAAAUUCAGAAAAUUUCCAAUCAAUGUACAGUACAGUAGUGAAUAGUUUACAACAAAAACAUAUGGAAAGUCAGUCGUAUCAUGAGAAAUUACAGCAUUGUUUAACUGAAUUGAAUGAAAUGAAAAAACGUCGAGAAGAAGCGGAAAUUUCAGCGAAUAGUUUACGACAACAAUUAAGUGUUCAACAAAUGGAAGCCGAAAAUAUUGUGAAACAUUCAGUAUCAAUGAAUGAAUAUGUAGGGAAGUCAACCGAAUCUGAAAGUCAGUCUAAUGCAAUACACUUUGAACCGAAAACGUCGAAUGAAGAAAAAUUAAUUGCUGAAAUUCAACGCUUACAAGCACAUUUAGUUGAGAUGGAAGAAUCUUAUACCUCUGAAGCUGUUAUUGCAGAAAAUCGUGAAGUAGAACUCCGUUCACGUUUAACCGAAGCUGAAAAUUCCCUUGCAAACUUGAAAAAUUCAUGUACCACAACAGAUACACAAAUACAAACAGCGUAUUCUGAACGAGACAAUGCAUUGAAACAUUUGGAGGCUAGUCGACGUGAGGUUCUCGAUUUAAAAGAGAGUUUAAAAACUCUACAAACAGUGUUAGAUAAUUUCCAACGCAAUCAAGAAGCAACUCUUCUUGCUGAAACAGAACGUCUUCGUUCUGAACUUAAUCGAACUAUUCAAAAAGAAAUAGCUACAAAACAAGAAAUGGAACAAUUAAAUCAAUCACUUAUUAACUAUCAAGAAUUAACCAACGAGUUACAUCAAAUGAAAGGUCUCAAUCAACAACUGCAUGAUCAAAUUCUACGACUUGAAACAAAAGUAAAAAGUCGUGAUACAGAAAUUGAUGGACUUCGUGAUCGUCUUGCGAAAAUGGCUGCAGAUACAGACGCACGAAUUGAUAAAGUACUAAUUAAGAACUUACUACUUAGCUACUUGCAGUUACAUGGAAACCAACGUGAUAAUGCUAUUCGAGUUAUUGGAAGCCUUUUGGGAUUUUCAGAUGAGGAUUACCUUAAAAUCGGCAAUGAAUCUGGUGCAUUACCUAAACUAGUGAAAUGGGUGCGAAACACUGUAUCUAAUUUACCUAUGGGACCCCCACAAGAUGUUCUACUUUCGUCUGAUCAUAACAAUAAGACUUUCACAGAAUUGUUACUAGCGUUUUUGGAAGAAGAAUCGUCCCCUCGGUCACCAAUAAAACUGCCUAUGGAUUAUUAUACACCUAAUAUGACCAGUUCAACUAAUAAAAUCAGAAAGCAAGUGAACGCAACUGCUACUGAAAAUAAAAAUUAUUCUGUUAGUGAAAUUCACACAGGUUCUACUUCUUUGUCCAAUCCUCCUAAAUUUGAUAAUGAUUUAAAGCUAUCGGAUCACAAACCGGUUUUCUAUAUGCUCUAA